CAUUGUCCACAUGCAUUUAUAUAAAAAUUAACCCCAACUCUGUUUCUCUUACUACCUUUGUGUCGGCUGCAAAGUUUCCUCUUCGAUGUCAUGACUGAUAUUUUCUCUCAACUCCGCGACAACAGGAUCACAAUCAGAUUGGGAUAACAAACACCAUUAUUGUAAGAGAACAAGCUCUUGGAAGAUGAUGAAGAGGAGGUCGGCGCCUGAUGUUUAUGGCCGGAUGGUGGACAGCUCCGCCACCACUUCGUCGGCUGUAGCCUCGGGCCCUAGAGUAGACGAGGAGGUGGAGUGGGAGAUGAGGCCCGGAGGAAUGCUGGUUCAGCAGAGAAGCAUGUCCACCGACGUCUCCGUCCCGAAUCUCCGGCUGAGAGUCACCCAUGGCGCAAUCAGGCUCGAGAUCUCCGUGAACUCACAGGCCACUUUCGGGGAGGUUAAGAAGCUUCUAGCGGCGGAGACGGGUCUACAGCCGGUGGAGCAGAGGCUAAUAUUUCGAGGGAGGGAGAGAGAAAACAGAGAGUACCUAGACAUAUGUGGGGUCAAGGACCGGUCAAAGGUGAUACUAGUCCAGGACCCUGCCAGCAUAGAGCGUCGGUUCAUAGAGAUGCGACGCAAUGCCAAGAUCCAGUCCGCCCACCGCGCUGUAUCCGACGUCUCAGUUGAGGUGGAUCAGCUUACGGAACAGGUUUCCUCGAUAGAAAAAUCAAUUGCAAAUGGAAACAAGGUUCCCGAAGUUCAGAUCGCAACUCUCACUGAGAUGCUCAUGAGACAAGCAAUCAAGCUCGAUAGCAUUUCCGCUGAGGGAGAUGUUGUUUCCCUUAAGAACAUACAAGAAAAAAGAAUCCAAGAGUGUGUUGAAAUUCUCGAUGUUUUGAAGUUAUCGAAUGCAAGAGUAAAGCCCGUGAUUGUCACGACGAAGUGGGAGACGUUUGAUACUCCUCUACAAAAUAACAACCAGAUCAAAGCAACCCAAUGGGACAAUAGUUCUCUAAUUGAUCUUUAAAACAAAAUUUAGCUCCCUCUACUGGGAUAAAGGCUUAAGCAUUUUAAAUAGCUUGAUAUCAUGUAAUUAGCUAGUGAAAUAUAAACAUAAAAGUGACCCAGUUGUUGCUUUUGUUAUUGAUAAACCAAACCAUCCAAGCAUUUAUUUAGUAUUGAUAAGCAUUGGUUUUUCGUAAUUAGAUGGUUGAAAUUAUUCCUUCAAAGAGAAUUGUGAUUUCGAA